AAAGCAAUGGACAAAAAUCCACGUGAAUUUCUGGCUCCAGAUAUUGCACAGGAUUGAAUGAAGUACAGGUUUAAAAUUUGAUGUCAGCACAGUCCGUGAGGAAACUGCAGAAAGGCUGUAAGUCCUAAUCAGUUCUUGAAAUAUUAAGAGAGAGUGUUGGACAUGGGACCACAACUGGAGCUUCUCAUUUUCUUUUCUCUGCCUCUCGGUGUUUUAACCAGCAUGAGGGAUUGCCGGGAGAAUGAGUUCUGGGAUGCCGAUGGAACCUGCAAUGUUUGUAAAGAAUGUGGACCAGGAAUGGAACUGUCAAAGGACUGUGGGUUUGGAGUUGGGGUCGGUACAGAGUGUGUGAUCUGUGGAUCCAACAGGUACAAAGACAGCUGGGGCCGGCAGAAAUGCAAGCUGUGCCUCUCUUGCACUCUCGUGAAUCGGAUUCAAGUAAAGAACUGCACAGUGUCUCGUAAUGCUGUGUGUGGGAAAUGCUUGCCAGGAUUCUAUAGGAAGACCCGGCUUGGAGGAUUGCCAGAUACAGAGUGCAUUCCCUGCACGGAUUCAGCUCCCCCCAGUGAACCUCAGUGCAUCUCCAGGUUAGAUAUGACGAGAGUCUUGAGCUCUGACACUGGUCCUUACAACACUGCCCUUGUAGCUGUGAUCUGUAGUGUCCUGACAACGGUGCUGCUGACCACCCUGCUGCUCUGUCUCUUCUACUGCAGAAAGCUGAUGGCAGAAAAGCAGAACAAUGGGCACCCAAGAGCCCCUGUGACUGAGAGAGCCAGAAUGGAAUCUUCAUGUUCUGAGGGCCAAGUGGAUGACGCGAGCACUGAGAGUUUGAUCAUACGCUGUCAGAAGAUCACUCCUGGCCACAAUAUAGCACGUCCUGCAGGACCAGCAGAUGUGGCUCAGUCUGAAGAUGCACCAUCUACCGUAAGAUCAUGUAUUGUGGCCUAUUUCUGUACAUCAGGAUCUCAAGACAAAGGCCAGAGUACAGUUACUUGUCCUGCAUUCUCCAGUUCACCUCCACAAAAUUCCUGUGAGGUUGAUGUGGCUGAAUUACAACAGCUGGUCCACACGUCUCAUUGCUCUGCUGUCUGUCAACCUGCAUUGAUCCCAAGCUGUGAAAUGAAUGAUGAGCUCCUACUAGGACACAUUGAUGAUGCCGGUGUUUCAUCAGGACAAGCAGGCUGUGAGAUGCCCUUAUCCCACUGUGCUUCAGUCUCCCACUACAGUCAGGAGCAUGCUCCCGUGGAAUGUACAGAGCUAGAUCUUCAAGAGUAUCUGACUGAUGCUGUCACACAGGAAACUACAGCACGCUCCCGGGCCUCAAGCCCACAUGAAGGGCAAGGUACAGCAUCCUGUAGCUUUGGAUCUUGUCCUGAUAUAAAAGAAUCAUCCAUAUGGGAUCAUGUUGAGAGCAGACCAGAAAAAUGCUGUAGCAGUGGAUGUGGAAACUCACAACACUGCAAUCUACCCACUGGAAAUAAUCGGGUUGGUGAUUUAGAAAAUCUACGCAUCCAAGCCACUGGGUUGAUUCAAGCAGGUGUGCACAUUUAAUUCCAUCGGAGUUUGAACAAAGUUUGGGAACUCAAGCUGAAAAUCUACCCACCGGGAAUGAAGAGUUACAACAUUUAGAAAAUGGGAAUUCCACACGAAAUGCUGAUCGACAUGAAGUGGCUUGAAUCUCCAUUAGGUCUUCAGCUCAUGUUCCCAGGCAGUGAUUCCUGAAGCUAGGAAAACACUUUUCCAUUUGACAUCUCGGAUGAAUCCACCAUUUCAUCAAAAAUGCACCAAUAGAUGUGGGUUGGAGAGAAUAAUUUGUGACGUUAAGGUUUUCAGUUUAAUUCCAGGCUAACAUGGUGAAAAGUUUCGAAGGAUUUGCACAGUUCACUGUCAACCAUGAUGCCCAGUUGAUCUUUAGCAUCCUUAAAGUUGAAAGGUGCAUAAUCACUUGGGUAACAAUCCCCGACUUGAUUGUCUGUUUAGCUUUUGGUGGCAUCUACUGUCUUUACCUCAGCAGUCCUGUACACACAUAGUGACAGUGCCUGAAAUAGGUCUGAAGAAACUUGGUCAAAAUGCCAUACGAGGGCUGAUUUUACUUGUUUACUCUUAAACACAAAAUAUACAAAUUCAGAUUCAGAUUAUCUUUGUGGAGAAGAAUAUUAUACAUAGAAUCCUGAAAUCUGAAAGACAAACUUAAUAUUGCAAUCAAGCCUGUAGAAUUUAACAUUAGGUAUUAACAGCAUUUUUAAAAAUAAUUGAGUCAUUGGUUUUUAAUUAAACAAUAAUUAGUAGAA